GUAGCUCUCCUCUGCGCAAGGCUCACCAUUCUGGGGCUUGGCAGUGAGUGAUGACUACAGCACGGGCAGCUCAAAUCUAGCUCUACCACUACUCUGGCAUAAACAUACUGAGACUGUCAAUGGAUAUCACAGAUUAACCAUGGCAGGUGCAGUUUCUGUACUUGGAAAAAGCUGGAUAAUGCAUACAAAUUGAAGGAAACAGCAGCUUUGUAUGGAUUUACCAUAUUAAGCCACAUCUCUGCUUUUAUCCUGCUUGCUUUUGUGUAAUAUAAAGUGAUCAAGGGGAUCAGAAAUGCACCUCUGAUUUUUAUUUAUUGAUUUGGUUUGCCAACAAAUAUCAGAAAGCUGGGACUUUUCAUCCUACAGUACUGGCUUCGAAAGUUACAUUUUUAUUCUAUUUUUAAUCGUUGCCUUGAACUGAGCAAACCAAGAGAAAGAGGGGGGGAAAAACUAAUGGUUAACCAUAUUUUUAUUCUUCGUGCCACAUGCAUAAAGAACUGUGCCUAAAAGGACUGCACUUUGUUGCACUCUCUUUGAAGCAAGAAGGUGGGUCAAUACAAUGCCUGGAUUACCCUUUUGACUGCCCAUUAAAACCACAGCGGAGGAGGUAAAGGGACAGCACGGGGCUGAGUGAGUAGGAGCUGCAUUCCUCCACUUAAGAGAAUCAAACAUCCUGAUUGUCGUUUCAAGCUGAUCGGACACUGUAGAGACAAGAGUGGAACCACCCUUCACGGUCUGGGUCAAAGUGAUUGGCAGAAGAAUGCUGGCGCCAGGUGCCCAGAGGCAGGAUGGCGUUGUGUUGGCAGAGAGCUGCGGUUGUUAGAUGGUUCCUCUUGAUGCUCCUGUGGCAUUGGGCACCUCUGUGCCCACUGAGCUGGUUCCUGGCUCUGGCUGAGCCUCUGAACCAGAAAACCUCACCUUUCUCUUCCAUCUCCGGCCGGAGCAAUGGCCAGCUGGACUGGCUCCUGUCUGAUAAAGGGCCCUUCCAUCGCUGUCCAGAAUACACUGAGUUCAAAGAACGCUUCCAACAAGGCUUCUCCACACGCUACAAAAUCUACAGGGAGUUUAGUCACUGGAAAGUGAACAGCUUGGUGACAGAGAAGAGAGACUUCUUCAAAGCCCCACUGCCUUUGGCACCAGAGUUUUUACGCAACCUCAGGCUUCUGGGGAGAAGGCCGAGCCUUCAGCAGAUCCACGAAAACCUGAUCAAGAAAUAUGGCACUCAUUUCUUGGUAUCAGCCACACUGGGAGGGGAGGAAUCGCUCACAAUCUUCUUGGACAAACAUAAGCUGACUAAAAUGACAGAGGGAAACGGAAACAGCUCCGUGGUCUCCCUGGAAAUCUUGCACCAGUUGGCGGCGUCAUACUUCACAGACAGAGAGAGCACCCUGCGAAGACUGCACCACCUGCAGAUCGCUACAUCUGCCAUCAAGGUAACGGAGACCAGAACGGGGCCUCUCGGAUGCAGUAACUACGACAGCCUGGAUUCCGUCAGCUCCGUCUUAGUGCACAGCCCAGAAAAUAAAAUCCAUCUGAAAGGUCUACAGGAUGUGCUGCCUGAGUUUCUGCGGAAUCGUUUUGUGGAGGCGGCCCUCAGUUACGUGGCGUGUAAUUCCGAGGGCGAGCUACUGUGUCACAACAAUGACUGCUGGUGCCACUGCUCCACAAAGUUCCCCGAGUGUAACUGCCCCUUUGCAGACAUCAAAGCUAUGGAAGACAGUCUCCGUAAGAGCAAGGAGUCCUGGACCAACCUUAACUAUGAGUUCAUGGAGUCCGAUGAGUUCAAGGCCUUUCUCAAGAAAUUGCCAAUGGACCAUUUUUUAAACACCUCCGCCAUCUUAAAGUUCUGGAUGUCAGAUCUGGUCCUGCAGAGACGUUAUGGUCUGCUGGAGACGAGCACUAAAGAGGUGCUGGGCAAAGCCAUUAAGAUAGUUCGCAAGCUCUUUGCUCUCAGCAAGCGCUGUCCCACACAGCCAAAGAUCAGCCUACCUAGAGAAAGGACUCUGGGGUUUUGGCUGAACAAAGCCCAGUCUCUGUUGUACUGUAGUGAGCAUGGUGUGCAUGGCACCUUCUCAGAGGAACUGCAGGGCUGCAUCUGCACUGCAGAGCAACGUACUCUCUGCCAGGGCACUGUGCCAUGUAGGGUGGGUGAGGGGACCCUCUGCUUGUCCUGUGCCCCAGACAACAUUACCCGCUGUGGCACAUGUCUCCCUGGCAGCAUCCUCCAAAUGGGCUCCUGUCGCCCCAACAUUGCCAACUCUCUAGACCACUACGUCAACUUUGACUUUGACAUGCCUGACGCAGAGAUCCGUUACCUCCUUCAGAGGCUCGAUAGUCGUAUGGAGGUCCACGCAAUCUACAUCAGCAAUGAUGUACGCCUCAGCAGCUGGUUCAACCCAGCAUGGCGUAAACGCAUGCUGCUCACACUCAAGAGCAACAAGAACAAGUCCAACCUCAUCCACAUGUUGAUGGGGAUCUCUUUCCAGAUCUGUUCCACCAAGAACAGCACACUGGAACCUGUGCCUGCAAUCUACGUCAACCCCUUCGGGGGAAGCCACUCGGAGAGCUGGUACAUGCCAGUAAACCAACAGGACUUCCCAGACUGGGAAAGAACUAAACUAGAUGCCUUGCUUCAGUGCUAUAACUGGACCCUCAGUCUUGGCAGCAAGUGGAAGUCCUUUUUUGAGACGGUUCACAUUUACCUUCGCAGUCGCAUCAUUACAGAUGAUCCCGCUGUCAACGAGACCCUUUUUUAUGAGCCGCUCGAUCUUGAUGACCACUCGGCCAACCUAGGCUACAUGAAAAUCAACAGCCUGAAGGUCUUUGGCUACAGCAUGCACUUCGAUCCAGAGGGGAUCAAGGAUCUGAUCUUGCAGUUGGACUACCCCUACACACAAGGCUCCCAAGAUGCAGCCUUCUUGAUGCUUCUGGAGAUGAGGGACCGCAUCAACAGGCUCUCUCCACCAGGAACCCAGCCACUGGACCUUUUCUCCUGCCUGCUGAGGCACAGGCUCAAGCUUUCAUCCAGUGAGGUGGUGCGCAUACGGGAUGCGCUCCAGAGUUUCAAUGCAAAGCUGCCCAGUUCCACCAAGCCAGAACACAGCCUGCUGUGCAGCUAGCUCAAAUCGCUAAUUUUGUUCUCUGUGUGUGUGAAUGUAUUUGUAAAUAUGAUGAGAGAGAGAGAUAAUAUAAAUAUAUUGGCAUUGUUUGUGCAAAUGUUUGUGGAUGAGAGCAUCUUUGAACGAUCCUCCAUUGGGCAGCAAUCGUACAAAGCAGGAUUUUUGAUUGUGACUAGUACAGGAGUAUAUACUGUAUGGAAGCUUCUGAAUUGCCAGAGUAUUCCCUCACUGGGAAAAACUUGUGGAAGAAGUGUGGAUGUAGCCUACAGUCAAAUCUACUUGCUGUCUUUGAGUAAAGGGUCGCUUUGAUACAAUGGGGAUUUAACUUAAAGAGACUGCCAACUAAAUGAUCUUGAGCAAACAUGGAAAGAAAACAUUUAUGUGAGAAUUUAAACCUACGCUUUCUUAGCAGAUAUGUACUGAUGCUGUAGGUUUUAUUUGGUGAUGUCAUUGUUUGAGAUAAAAGCGGAGAAUCGAUGAUAAGGAUUCUAUUAUGAUGUUAAGUUUUGGAGCACAGUGGUCCAACUGUUAUAACAAUUAACAGAGAUUCAAAUCCUUGUUUUGUGAGAUCUGUAUAUCUGUAUUUAAUGUUGAAUUGAAUUGCCAGAAUGUUGGAUAGGAAUUCCUUUGUAUUCAUAGAUAUGGCUAAACCAAAAGGCAAACAUGAAAGCAAAUUGUAUGGCAACAUUUCUUUACUGUUUUUUUUUUAUUUUUAUUUUAUUUUUUUUAUGUUCAUUGAAAUCUCUUUUGAGGUGGUAACCUUAAGAUAACAUACUUAUAAUAUUGUUUUGAAAAAUAUUUGUGGACAGCUUUGUAAAUAUUGCUCCAUUUCAUUCGAGAUGUGAAAAGCUUCGCAUUGCUUCUUGGAUAUAUACUGAUAAACACCCUUAUUUGUACUUUUUGAAAGUGCAAAGACCAAACAAUACUUCAACACAAAACAAUUGCCUUAUGAAUUGAAAUCUCUGUUCUUACAUCAAAGCACACUUGGCUGUAUGUCUCUCUCUUUAAAAAAAUGCAACACUUUUUCUCUCCUUGAGCUUUUUCAUCAGUUCUUAUUAUUUUUUCCUCUAAAUUAAAUUCUGAUUUGAAUUACAGUGACCUCUAGUCUGCAAAUGUCAAUUUUUAAUUGAAGUAUUAUAUAAAGUGUUCAUUAUGUGUCAUCUAUGUGCAAAUACAGAGUUACAUUUUCAUUACCUGAUUGUUUUCCAUUUCCCUGCUUUUCUACUACACAUACUGUAUAUGAUGAUGUGACAGAGCAUAACUACUGUAUAAUACAUUAAUUCAUUUCAGUAUACCUGCAUCUCGAGGCAAUUAUUUUCACUCCGAAUGUAAUAACUGUACAUCUACCACUUAAGUGUUCUUGAUUAAGUUACUUGGGCUUUGUCAACACAAUCAACCAGAAAAUUAUAGCCCUUGUCAACACAGAGCAUUUAUUACUCAUUAUUUAAAACUGGAAUGUCUAGAAAUGUCUGUGAAAAUUGCAUAUAUCCAUCUACAUAAAACACUAUGUUUUCUGUCAAAAUAAGAUGAAUGACUCAAUAUAUGAAGGGGGGAUAAAAAAAAAGUGCAAUUUAUGCGGUUGUCAUGGAGAGCCGUAGGACCUUCACAUACACUGUCACAAUAUAUCUGGCUCUCUGUGCAA